AUGAACCGACUGCCUGGUCUCGCCAGUUUGGCCUCUGCCGUGACUGGCUGCACGCCGCCGGGGCUGGCCGUGCCGCUGCGCCGACAGAGGGCCCUCAACGGGGCAAUAGCUUGUUUCCACCAUCUAAACGCAAGGAUGGCUGCCUUAAGAUCUGGACGAGUAGCUGGGGCAGAGAUGUGGCUGUUGCACUGGUUUUCAUGUUGCUCAAGUGAGCAGCCAACAUCAGCUCAGCAGAGGAAACAACGACAAGUUCGUGGUCGGAUAGAUCGUUCAAUGAUCGGAGAACCUACAAACUUCCAGCAUACAGGCCAUAUUGGCUCUGGGGAAGUAGGAGGUGCCCGAUUGCAAGCUGUGCAGCAACAAAUGGCUUCAAAAGGAGGAUAUCAACAUUGUCAAAGCCUUGCAGGCUCUGUACCCACUCCAGGACAUGGUCUCAAGGUGAAUUGACUAUGGUCAGGCAGCAAACUUGAGUGAUGUCCUGGGCUUUAGUGAUACAACUAAGGGAUCAACAUGGACCAGUGUGUGGUGUUUACCUUGGAAAAACAUUUGUAGCAAUGAAUUAAAAACUGUAUCAUAAUAUAAUUAUGUGCCUGUAGUGGUGCUUGUGUGCUUCUCCUUGGGGAUGAAGUUGGUGAUCAGAAGUUGCGGAUUCUUUGAGUGCAACCUUCGAUCCUCAAGAGGUCCCACAACAUAGAGAGAGCUAUGCUGUAUCUAAUCAAAGCUGAGUUUAUCUUGAAAUUUGUAUUGUAGCAUCUCUAUUUCCCAUUCACACAAGUGCAUCUACACAAAAUUGUUGAAAAAUGUAAAGGAAUUAGACUGAAACCUAAUGUCAGUUGUGUUACAUUCAUCUGCCAUAUAGCCAGUUUGGCAAGUAGUCUUUUUAACUUCUUUACAGCAAUUUUGUGUUCCUCAGUGUACAGAGUUUAUUGUUAAUAUGAGUUUUGAUAGUUGUACACAUCAUUAUGUGCUGAGAGUAUCAGCAUUACUUUUGUAUAUUUGGAAUAAAAUUCAUGUUGAAUGUUCGGAAAACAUUUUAACAGAUCCAGCAAAAUCCCUUUUUUUCUCUUCAGGGAGAAAAUUGGACUUCAAAAUCCAUUGUAUUGGUAUAAUUUAAUGCCAUAAAGAAAAGCACAAAACAAUUACUACUUGACUGUAUGAAAUUAAUUUAUCUUUCACCUAAAACUGUUGCAUUUGUUGAAAAUAGUUAUGAUACAGGAAUUUUCCACAAAAUAAAUUGAAAAUUUUCAAGGAUAUUUGAAUAAAUUGCUGUUUAUCAUAUGAACAGUUGAAAGGGUUUAUUAGCACUUUUGAAAAAUUUCCCAUUUUAAUGACACCAUUUUUAGAUUUUGCUGCUUUUGUUGAGUGUGUCAGUAUCUUCUGGUAAAUUUCACUUUUGUUAUGUUAACACUUUUGUGUAUAUUUAUCGAGCAUUUAAAUAGUUUUGUGUUCCAACAGCGAAGGAUGCAUCAGUUGUUAACGAGGCAAUGAGACUUGUGGUUUUUUCAGCAUUAACUUAGUGUUUUCAUAGAACCAAAGGUAUUGUAAACCAGUGCUUGCAAAUGAAAAUCUCAGUGUAAUACUCGUAAAUAUAUUUUCUACAAAUGUCUGUGUCAUUUGUGUGAAAUUCGAUUGGUCACAUUAACUUGUUUGCUCUGUUAUGUUAUGUACAUAUUGUAAUGCCAUUAUCCAAGCAUAUGCUUGUAUUUAUUGUUGGUACAAUUGGAAAUAGCUCUUCAUUAGCAUUUUUUAACAUGCAUUUUCUUCAGUGUGCUUAUUAGUAUAAUUAUAAAUUUUACAUUGUAUUUUGUGUUGAGUGUUGAGGGGAAAACUGCUUGAACGUGGCAUAUAUGUGAAGAAAAUUAUGUGCCAUCUUAAUAACAUGAAUUAAAUGUUUGAAUUAUGUCCUUGAGCAAAAUGCCAAGUAAUUGACAGAGAUCAAACUUACAUAGGUCUGAGCAGAGUAAACAACUCUGUAUGUAGAGAACCUCUUGAAGGGGACAGAUUAUUUAUGUAUGACAUGUUGACACGUUUGUAAAAAGAAUCUCCUCUUAAUGUUGCAUUCUACAUUGAUAUUCAAAUGGUACAUUGAUCCAUUCCUCAUUUCUUGAAUUGCUGUGAAUUUGUAAAGAGUUUUCAGAAUUGUACAAGAGAUGCUACCAAUUGCUCUGAAAUACCUUUGUGCCUUUACACAAAAAUUUGUAGCCAUUACCUUACCUGUUGUCAUUGUAGAGUAUUGGAAGUUCAGUGCUGUGGAUGUUAAUGUCUCAACAGACAUUUCAUACUUAAUGUUCUCAUGCACUUUGUUUGUCAUGCACUCGAUUUGUAGUGUUUGGGACUGUCCUUAGUUGUCAUUUCAAAGCAGGACUUGAUCUCUGUGCCUUCUGAUAGAUGUAGUGUGUUAAGUCAAUGACUAAAUGACACCUCUUAACAAUUUUUUUACUUCAUUGUUUCUGCAACUUCAGUGAAUUUAGGCUUAUAAACAGUCAAUCAUGCCAUUUAUUAUGAUGGAUGUUUGUUGGGAAAAUAAAUGUACAUAUUUCACUAAUGAAAAUUAAUUGAAAAAUGCUUGUGUAUAGAUAACUUUUAGAAUAUCUUCUAUGAAAUAAUGCUAUAUUAAAUAUGCAUCUAAUUUUGCAUUUUACUCUCUCCACAUUAAUUUAUUUUAUUAAUAUGCAUUAUUUUUCCAAAUCUAGUUUGGCACGUACAUUAAUGAAUGAGUAUUAAUGAUGGACAAUGAUAAGAAAUAAUUUUUUCUCUGUUAUUAAAUUGAGCCAAUGUCAAUUCGAAAUUGAAGUUAUUAUGAUUGAGAUAGCAAGACAAAUCGAAAUGAGUGUGAUGCAGAAUAUGAUUCUUUUAUGAUUUUAAUUUAUAUUUAGUGGUAAUUGCUUGAGAGUUGUGAAUAGUUAAGCUAAAAUUGCUAAAUAAUAUAUUUGAGUGCUAUUCUGGCAAGAUGGAUUGGAUUGUUACAAUGCUGGAUAUUAUAAUUGUGUCCAUGUCAGUUGAAUUAAUUCUCAGACAUUUGCAAAUUUCAUUUCAGAAAUGUGAUUUUAAGUAAAUCCUUGUUUAGCGUAAAUGAAAUGGAAUAGAAACUUCAGUGGGUUUUUUUGGGGGGGGGGGGGGCACAAAAAUUUAGAGACAUUUCUGUUAAUUUUCUCAUAAUGUUAAGCAGUUUAACAACUUUUUUUAUCUGAAACGAUUGAGUGAAUUAUUUUGUAAGAAUUCUGAAUAAAUUAUUUAUUAAAUGUAUAAUAUCUUAAGAGAUUAGUUUUACAUGGAAGAAUGGCAGUGUUGCCUUGUUUGAUAAAUGGCACUAAACCAGAGUGUAACUGAAUGAUUUAAACUUUCUUGGUUUAUUUUGUAAUUGAAUAUUAUGUUACUUUUAAUUUUGAUUUUCAAUUUACCAUUGUAUUUUCUUUAAAUUUAUUAUUGUGAUUUUUUGAUACAAAGUAACCUACAUAUUAAAUUAAAGUAUUUGUGUAUUUUGGCCUUUUCUUAAUCUAUAUAAUAAAAUGACAAGUGGUUAGAGUGAAGUGAAUUGUCCCAAGCUUACAUUGUUCUUAAAUGUAGUAAUUAAUUAUCUAAAUAGUCAUAUAUUUAAAUCCUAUAUUUUUAUUUACCCAUAUUCAUGUUACCUCUGGAUUAGUAAAAAAAAUAAAUUAUUUCAAUGUGGUUAACUACUGGAGUAACAUUGUUUUGGUAUUUUUGUUUAGUACAAUUAUCAAGAAGUGUAAAAAAACAUGGUUGAGCAGAGAUUAUAUUUGAUUUUAGAAUUUUAAAAUAAAUGACUCAGAUGUAUUUAUUUUUUCUUGAGUUUUUGCUGCUCUCAUUAUUCAGAUCCAUUUAGAGUGCAACUACUAUAUGGUAUGAUCUAGAAUAGCUACUUUUGAAGAUGCCUCUUUUACUUAAAAUUACUGGAAACAUUUUGACAUAGAGUUUUUCUUUUUCUUUCCCUAACUAAAUAAUAAGUUAUAGUACAUAUUGGUAAUGCUUUAAAUAUAGGAUAAAUAUUAGGUGAUUAUUUUCAUAAUAAUACUAAAUUAAAAUUAGUAGUCUUAAUGGAAUUUCAAUUCUGCAUGCCGCCUCAAGAGUAUGUAUAUACUUACUCUUUAUAAAUGGAAAUGCGGUUUAUGUGGUUGAAGUAUGUUCUAAGCAUAUCAAAAACUAACAGAACAAUUCAGUUGACCUGGACCCAUUUAUUUUAUCUAUGAAUUAUUUUUCAUUGUUUCAAUUUUUCCUAAUAGAAUCAAUCUGUUUAUAAUAUUAAUUUUAAUUAAUGUAGUUUGGCUAAGUUAAAAGUUACAUGUGUUACAAAACAUUUCUUAAUUGCACAUACACAAGAUAUGUCAAGUUAUGCUUUGUAAUAUGUGCAGAUUCCCCUUUUUUUUUUUUUCAAUUGACAGUGCUAAAUUAUAGCCCUGUGUUUAUUUUUUUAUAUUUAAAAUUUUUUGAAAUAUCAAAUAAUGUAAUUAACUAUUUCUUGAACAUCAUUAUGAGUGUAGAAUCUCAGUAAACCAAAAUUGCUGAAUAAUUUUGAAUGAUAGGUGUUCUUUCUGGAGUAGUCAUAAAGUAUCACACAGUCAUUUUUAUAUAAUUAAUUAUGCUAUUGAUGGAAUCUCAGUGGAAAAUUAUAAUUUCCUUUAUCUUGUAGGUUUACUUGUAUGAAGUAAUUUCUUUGUUAAGUAAAAUGUUCUUUUAUUCAUUCCAGAUAAAGAUGAAUUAUGUACUGAUUAUGGUGUUCAAAAGUAGUGAUUUACAUUGAAUAUAACUUGUAUGUGUAGAUAUAAUAUGAAGUAAUCAAAGUUAGUGAAUGGGUUUUCUCAGUGUUAUAAUAAUUCUAUGGUUAUUUUGUUAAUUUAGAAUUUUUGUUUUCAUUAAUUUAAUUUUUUAUGCUCUUGGAAUCAAAUAAUAAAUAUUAAUAGAAAUAGAAAAUCUCUUCAGAUAAUUUUGAAUGUAUAUAUUUUAAUAUAUAUAUUUUCUUUAUUUUUGAAGUACAAGCAUAUUACUUAUAUUGUUACUUCUGUCAAGGAUUGUCAUAACAUUAUUUUGACAAGCAAUAUAGUAAUUAUAUUGUUAGGGACAAUUAUAAUUCUUGUUAUUGGGUGAUUUGUAACUCCUUGUUCAUAAAAUAUAGUGUGCUGAGAAUCAUACGUUAGACAAUUUGUGAAAGUCAUACUGACCUGUUGUGCAUUUUAUCUCAGGAAUAUGUUAGUCCAGUCAUAAGGAAAAUAGUAUAUUGUAAUAAGUUAUUUAAUGUGUACAACUGCAAAAAACUUGAACUUAUAUUUUAUCAUGUAAUUAGAAUGUAUCAUUAAGAGGAGUUGAAUGUAUCUUUGAGGCAUUUUUAUAAAUGAAGAGUAAGAAGGUUUGGAAGAGAGAAUACUAGAUCAAUGAAGAACGUAAGUUUCAAGUGAAUGAAAGAGGAUAUUGCCGCAAAGUCCUGUAGCUGUUUUGUCAGCAUUAGAGGUAUUAUUAAUAGAAUAGUAUGAAUGUGGCAUUAUUGUCACAUACAACUGUCUCAUGGAAAAUAAAGCAAUUGGGCCAUGUUGUGGUCUUGGGUUAUGACAAUCUUAUUUGUGAUUGUGCUUGAAUUGGAAACUUAGAAUAUUCAAUUUUAUAGGGAGGUAGCAAUACAAAAUAUUUUUUUCAGUAUUUUACUGAAUGGUGCCACAAUUUCCCUUUUAUAAUACAAAGCUGUUUUUGAUGCAGACUUCAGAUUUUAAUUUCACUGGUGCUUAUACCAUUCAUCAUACUUACUGUCAAUUGUGUUAAGCAAUUCAUUCAUACCUAGCACAAUUUCUUUGUAUAUUGUUAAUGAAUAGCUGUGUUGAUAUUUCUAUAGUAAAUAAGAAGAGAGAUGGAUUAUCAGUGACAAAAAAGCGUUAAGCUUGCACAUUAAUUUAAAUCAUAGUGAAUGGAUAAUUUUGAUAAGUGAAUGCAUGUGCUUGUUACAUUGUAAGUAUAAUAUUAAUAUACAAAGCAAAACAGGUACUUCAUUGUGUGGAAUGAAAUUAAUCUUGCAUAUUUAUUUAAAUUUUGUAUCUUAUUGAAAACAUAAUAGUAAAUGAAUAAUGUUUGCAUAUAAAGUGGCCAAUUUGUUUGUGAUAACUCAAUAAUUUGGUAAUGUUAUUGAGAUUAAUAACUAGUGAACUGAUGUACAGUGUAAGCACAAACCUUAUGUUUUGUAUACUGUGCACACAAAUAUGAUUUUUCUAGAAUAUUCUAACUUGAUUGUUCUUUUUAUCCGACUACAAGAUAAUUCCCUAAUUUUGAAUAUUCUUUUCAUUUUAACUAUUUUUUAAUAUUUAUUCCAUGAAAUUGCAAAUUUUUUUCUUGACAUUACUUGUGCUAUCACAAUAUUUUUCUUCCUUGUAAUGGUUAACAUUGUAAUUGUCUCUACCGUCAUCAUCUUCUCUUGUAUUGUUUCUUCUUCUUUUUUCUUUCUUUUGUAGUCUCAUGUCAUCUUCUGACCUUUUAGGUAUCCCUGUAAGUUUUGUGCAUUGACUUUAUAUUUGUUGUCUUUCAUCUGAUGCCACCUAUGGACAUUCCUUUCUGUGACACUACAUUUUCUUUCUGUUGCGCUGUUGUUGGUGAUCACGGUUUCUGUAAUAACCAUUAACUUGAAAUUUGCAUUGUGUAAUUACUCCAUAAUGGAGUUGUGAACUCAUACAACACUGCACCUUAAAAAAAUCUCACUUUCAUUUAUUUUCAUGUUAUGUUUCUCUUACUACAAUGUUAUUUGCACAAGAUUCUCUCUUUCCUGGCCCAUUCAAAAAUAUUUGCCGGAAUCACGUAGCACAUCUAUGGUGGAUGCCCAAAACAUCUGUGAAUAUUAGUUUUAAAAACAAAUUUAAGGAACUAAGAAUUAUAGUUACACUUGAUUUAUUAUCGGCUUUGCUGCUUAUUCUUGUCUGUGUGAGUUUCUCGACAGGGAAAGACAAUGUAAAAAUAUUUAUGCCAGCCAUAGUGUAAACUGCAAAUGAAAGAUUUUUGAAUGAGGUAUUAGGAAAAAAAAAACUAGUCUUGUAUUUGGGUAAAGAUGGUACUAUUCUGUAAAAUUUAUAGUGGAGUCGCGUGCGAAUUUGGCAUAUGUUUCUAAGGAAGGUGAUUUGAACCUUUUGAAAUCCAAAAAAUGUUGUGCUUCACAUUGUUGUUACUUCCAUAAUGAUAUGCUAUUUAACAUGAUCUUGUGUUGACAUGUAACAUGCAUUUAUGUCAUAUUUGAUGUGACAAUAUUAAAUGUAAAUUGCUGUUAGGAAAUGUUUUAUUACAAUAAUUUUGUUGUUCUCCAGUCCUCAAUACAAGAAGGGAAUGUUAAUACUGAAUAUGAAAUGAAUUCUUCAUUUAUUUCUUAAUGCCUCAAGAGCAUUUGAUGUGAGGAAGUAAUUUCAUGAACCAAAUACCCAUAUAAGUAAUUGUAUGGAGUUGGGUAUGUUCUUCUAGCAUUCCUUAUCUAAAAUAUAUGUGAUGCAAUUUUUGAACAUAGUUUUGGCUGUGCAUUAAAAGGAAUUCGUUUCAAAUAUCUGGGUCUUUGUAACUUUUGUGAAAUGAACUCUUUACGUUUGCAGAUUUUUUUAAAGUAGAGACAUCAUGAGACAUUGAAUAAAGAACUUCAUUGUAAAUUUCCUUCAUACCAAUUUGGGUUGUGGAAAUUUCAAGUUAGAAGAUGGAUGCACAAAUCAUAUAAUAUUCAUAUCAUAUGUCAUGUAUCGAACAUUUGAUGUAGUCAGCUUUUCCACAAAAAUGUGUUUAUAAAAUAAGAAAAUGCUCAAUAACAAGUUCUAUAGUAAAUUACAAAGAUUUUGAAAGUAAAAGUAAUUUCUAGAUUGACAAUUGCUAUUUUUUAAAUAUUUAAUUUCAUUUAUUCUGUAACAAACACCCAUGAGAAAAUACUCAUGAAUUUGCUCUAUUGUAAGAAGAAAAAUAUCGAAUGAAUUAUUAAUUUGUUUGGUUGUAUAUUUUGGGUAUUGUAUUGUUUUAUAACUGCACUACAUUGUCACACAACACUCAUUUUCAACAUACCAAUUUCUAGUGUUUAUUUUCAUAUUGAAAGUCUUCAUGAAUUUCAAGUUUUGUUUUGGGAUUGUACUACGACGACUAGACAAAAUGAAAGUUAAUAACUACAAUUUUUUCUUCUGAUUCAUCUUUACUAGUUUUCACAAAUAGUGAUGUGAACAUUCAAAACUAGAGAAAGUGUAAUGGUUCUUAUAGUAAAUAGAAAUUUGAGCAAAAUUUAUAUUUGAUGAACGUGAAGAUAAACUAAACUGGUAAUAUUCUGCUUUAGUUGUGCUAAGUGCAUUUACACAUCUGAAGUAAAAUUCACAUUUUGCUUCAGGGAGAACUAAACAUUAAUUUAUCUUUCGUGUUAGCAUUUCUGGGGGUAUAUUUUGCAAGAAGAGCUGAUUUUAUUUUAUUUUAUUUUAAUUUUUUUUGUUUGCAAUUCUUUUAACAUCAUUAAAUUUUAUGUUCUAGAAAUGAAUGUGUCAUAUCCGGAAUGGGUUAUAAAAUAUCUAUAUACAUAGUAUGGGUUGUUCUUAUUAGAAUCCACAGUGUUACAUUUGUUUGCGAAUGUUGUUUGCAUUUUCUUUUUGAGCUAUAUGACGUGUAAUUUUUUUUGUCUACAUUAGAUUUGCGUCUUUUACAUAUAUUGAAAAGUUCUUUUAUAGCAUGUGUUGAAACUAUAUUCGGUGUACUUUUUAUUGUUAUGUUUUUCAAGUAUAAAUAAUUGGAAAAUUGAAAUUAUACGUUCCAAUUAUAGAAAGCAUUUCUACCAAUGAUGAUAAGAGAAGGAUUUUUGAUUUGAAGCACACAAAUUUUGGAAUAUUCUUAGCAAAAGACUGAACUACAAGACUAUAUAAAGGGAAAUUCUGAAGUGUGAAGGAUUGUAAAUGGAAAUAAACUGAAAUAUUUGUCAUAAAUCAAAUACCUAAUGAAAUUUACAAUUGAAAAUUGCAUUAAUAAAUUGUUACUAUUAAUUUUACUGUAUUCAAAAAAUUUAAAUUAAUAAGAGGAAAAAUUACUUAAAGAAAGGAGGAUGAUGACAUUUAUUUUGAUUAUGUUCGCAGAUAUUAUUGUAAAAUGGAGAAUUUGACACUGCAGGAUCUGAUUGGAAUGAUGUAUUAUAUAGAUUUAUAAUCAAAAGACUGAAAUUUUGAAUGCAUUGGGAAUUUAUUUGCUACAGAAGUGAAAGGUCUGUAUUCUAGAAUGUAUAUUUGUGCAGCACCAGCAGUUAUGCAACUUGUGAACCAUCAAUGAAAUGGGUAUCAAGGCAGGCUCUACUACUCAUUUUCACUUGGCCUCUCUCAAAAAGAAUUAUGUUACAUGCAGUAUUUAAUCUUUUUUGAUUUACCAUCAUAACAUCUUGAACUUAAAUUGAUUCAUUUGAAUUCGCUUAAAUUGAUAUUACUAUCACGCUGGUCUGUUUUCUUUUAAGGAAGCAAUUUCUUCUUUUAUUUUCUUUCUUUUUCCUUUUGUUCUUCCAACACUUUUUUUCCAAGGUAUGAAAUAUGAAACUUUAUGGCCAUGUCUUUUUAACUUAUUACAUUGAUAAGAGGUGCGAGUAGCAAGCAAUUAAUGUGAAGCUUGAAUGGUUACAGGUAGUCUGGAGAAUUGUCAAAUAUCAAAGAACAAACAUUUUGGGUAGGCUUGAAUUAAAGAACUUUUUGAAUUUAACAGCAAUGAUUUAGCUGUUUGCAAUGCAUUUCAAAUCUGCGUUGCUCAUUGAUAGAAAAUCAAUUGUCAGUAUUCUUUUAAUUGUGCUGAUGUUGUGUAAUUGUGCUUUGUAAUUGUACAAGGACCAGUUGUGAUGGGUAAUGUUGUGGAGGGUAAUGUUUGUGAUAUUUGUGAUGAGUUGUCUCUGUUGUCAAUUUCAUAGUUCUUGGUAGCCCUGAUUCGUUUUUAUUCAUCCCUGUAUAAUGAACUUUGGGAACCAGGCAUUAAAAAAUAGCUGUCAUUACUUUUAAAAGUGCAUUUACAGCAAUAAAAACUGGAAUGUAAAUACACUGUUGGUAUUUAAAAUUGCACUUUAGUUUAGUAAUAGGAUGUACUUCAUUACUAUUCCAAGAUCACUGUGAAAAAGUUAUGAAUUUUUCAUUCUGUAAUGAAAAGGAUUUUACUGUAUGUGUAAUAUAUUUCAUGUUAAAGGCCAUGUCAGAUGUUUAGCAAUGAAAAUUUGUAUUCCUGGAAUGCAAUCAAAAGUUUCUUUUAAUUUUUUGAUCUGUUUCAUUUAUAAAUCUACUGAAACUUCAGUUUUAAGACUACAUAGUGAAAUCUGCAUUAUUCACUGAAUCUUGUACAUAUUUUAUAUUACUGAUAAUCCAAAAAUCCUUAUCUGUUGCUCAUGGUUUAAACUCUUGAAGUAUGCAAGACUCAUGAAUUUGUGUGGGUACUUGUACUUAGGCAAAAUACAACAGAUACUUGGGUGCAAUUUGUAGAUCUAUUAUUGAGCGGAAUGGAAUAUUGAGGAGUGUUUAUAUGAAAUCUCUUUUAAAUCAGAUGCUUUCCAUCUUAUUGUUGUUUUAUAAUACACAAACUUUUAUCCUGAUGGAUGUGUUUGCAGUUGUUGAAGGUCUGAGAAGUUCAUUGGAUAGGUUUUAUGUUUUCAUAGAUAUAAAGUCUUAAAAGUUUCCCUAGAUACUGUGGUUCAAUUGACAAUUUUUUUCUACCUAUAUUAUGCAAGCAUUGAUGUAUUAACCAUGGGCUAUGUGCAAUAGGUACAUUGUCAUGCACUCUUCAAAGCCAACCUGUUUAAUAAUUUAGAAUGAAAUUUUCACAUGUGUAAAGAAGAUAUAAAAGGAGGAAAGAAUAGAAAAUGUUUAUAUUAAUCUUCAUAUUAAUGCGGGGUUUUGUCAUCUCAGAGCAAGAGGAGUUCCAUUAUAAGCAUUAAAGCCAUUUAAGAAAAAUUUUAAGACUUUUGAAGAAAGUACUUCAUUUGCAAAUGGUUUCAGUUGUUUUAUAGACAAUAUUUUCUUUGCAUGGGAAUUAUUAAUUAGUUAUUCAAUACAAAUUUUUUUUAUUAGUAUUUUUUUUUCUUCAUAGAAAUAUUCAUGUCUUGAAAAUUUCAAAAAGAUUGUAAACAAAAUUUGAAGUGCAAUUUCAGGGACUAAAAUAACUAAAAUUUUCUUGUGUUGAAAUCAUUGUUUAUACAAAGAUCAAUUUGUAUUGAUCAGGGAAAUUUUUACAUAAUUAUUGCUGUUGUAAAAGUAUCAUUUUAUUUUGUUAUUUAUUUUAAUAUUGUUCCCUAAGGGGUAUCUACUUCUUGGAUUUUUGAUCAAAAUUGUUUUAAACCUGUAAUUAUAAUGUUUGGGAAGAGCUUUGCAGAAGUACGUAAAGUAUUUCUCAUUGAAUGAAUAUGUUGUCAGUGAAGAUUUUAUUUAGGCUGGGAAGUGUAGACUUUCUUUGUUUCUCCCUUUUUUUGCUUUCUUUUUUUCUCCCUCUCUCUUAAUCAAGAGAGUUGAAAUGUUGAUGUACAUAAAUAUUGUAACAUCCAAGUUAUGAAUCAUUAUCACUAAACAAAAUUAGUAUGCGGAACAAUUUUGUUUGUGAGUUAUCAAUGAUGCAUGGUUUUAAAUGAGUAUGAAUUGGCAUGUUCAGAAAUUUCUUUAAAAUGAACAUAUGUGUACAAAAUUAUUAAUAUUUUUCUGAGGGAAUAGUCAUAUAGACUUGUGCAUAUCAAUAGUAUUUAAUUAGAUAAUGACAUGAAGUGUGGGGUGUUAUGUUAGUGGGAUUGUAUUGUGUUGAUAAUUUUUGCUUGCUGCAUUUACUUUUGCUACUUUUUCUGUGGUACAUUAUUUUCAAACACUUCAUAUCACAAAUAUACAAAGGGAAAAGUGCAUGUAUGAAUGUGAAUGAGUAAUUGUAGUUUAUAACAAUAGGUAGUUGUGUAUAAAGAAAUGUUUGAAUUACUCAUGUAAGCGAUAUGAUGAUCAUGUUAUGACAUAAUGGUUAUAGAUCCUAACAUUUACUUACAAGUAUUGCGAAAGUAGCAUAAAAAGUAGUGAGAUGUUGGCAAUAUGUUUUUAAAGUCGUAGUGUUUGGGGGUUUCAAAAUAUUUGCAUUGCAAAUUACAAUGUUGGUAUUUGCUGACAAUGGCAACCCUAACUGCAGUAUAAGUAGUAUGCCACCCUGUGAUUUCACAUUUUGAAUAAUAUAUGGUUGUGAGACUGAGGAGCUGAAUGCAGCCUGUCAGUGCCAAAAGAGUACCAACCCCAUUUCUGAUAGAAAUGAACAAAAACUGAACUUUGCUGAAUGCUGUGACUAAACGUGUGAAUGUAAUAAAUUGUUAUUUAUAAAUAAUGCAUUUUAUAUUGUGAAUAGCGCAAUAUCUCUGUUUCAGUGAUGUUGCAUAGCUCUCUUCUAUCAGUAGGAAAGAGUGCUCUAUUUCUGUGUACCUAUUUUGAUAUGUAAAUACAUACAGAUUUGUAGAAGUCUUA